AUGAGAACUUCCGAGGACACGGAUUCAUCAAGAGGAUUUUAUCUACCGCAUUACGGAGUGGUUAAGACAACCAGCGAGACGACGAAGCUACGUGUCGUUUUCGACGGCUCCGCGGCCACUAGCACUGGGGUAUCCCUCAACGAUGCUCUUUACGUCGGACCGAAAAUCCAGGAUGACUUGCUGUACAUUCUUCUUCGUUUUCGUAUUCACUGUUACGUCAUCACCGGUGACAUCGAGAAGAUGUACAGACAGUUCAUCGUCCGACCAGAAGAUAGGAAAUACCAGCAGAUACUUUGGCGUGACGUUGACGGGGAAAUUCGGACUUAUGAAUUGCAACGCGUCACGUUCGGACUCUCUGCUGCACCGUACCUAGCAAUACGUUGUCUCUCCCAACUCGCCCAGGACGAAGGUCACUGUUUUCCAGAAGCUGCGAAAAUUCUUUGUCGCGAUUUCUAUGUCGACGAUGCGCUUACCGGAGCAUCGUUUAUCAGCGAAGCACGCGCAAUACGUGACCAAUUGACGCAAUUGCUGAGCUUGGCGGGCCUUAACAUAAGACGAUGGGCAACCAAUCACAAAUCAAUUUUGAUGGAUCUUCCAGAACAGGAUUUAAAUAAGAAAUUACAUUUUGGCGAUUCACCGAAUUUAAAGACGUUAGGGAUCUUCUGGAACUCUUCUAACGAUUCCAUAUCGUAUGAAGUUAAGGUGCAAUCCCCCACGACGCGGGUACCAAAACGGGUCAUUGCUUCAGAGAUCGCGAAAAUUUAUGAUCCUCUCUGUCUUUUAGGACCUGUUAUCAGUACCGCGAAAAUGUUCCUACAAAAAAUAUGGACCAUCAAACUCGAUUGGGACGAGUCAUUGCCGAUGAAUGUUUUUACGGAGUGGACCCAAUUUUACAGGCAAUUACCGUUACUAAACAAUACAGUGUUUCCGAGGAAGACCAUCCCUUGCACACCGACGGUAACGAAAUUGCAUGGUUUCUGUGACGCAAGCGAAAGGGCCUACAGUGCGUGCGUUUAUCUCAGGUCAAUAGAUAAACAUGGCCAUGCACAUGUGGAGCUCCUUUUUGCAAAAUCGAAAGUGACACCAUUGAAGUCGCAGUCAAUACCUAGACUCGAAUUAUGUGGCGCCUUGCUUUUGACGUCACUGAUAACCACCGCGAAAAAGGCUCUCCACAUUAAUAUUAAUAGUACGUUCCUCUGGACGGACUCUACUAUUGUCCUCUAUUGGCUUCAGGCGUCUCCGCAUACUCUGAAAACGUUCGUGGCGAACAGGGUAACGGAGAUUCAAGAGAAUACCAGAAUCACGGAUUGGCGACAUGUCCCUACGUCGGAUAAUCCCGCAGAUCUGAUCUCGCGUGGCCAGUCCCCUGAAGAAUUUUUGCAACCAUCCAUCUGGCACCAAGGACCAGAAUGGCUCUGCAAAGAAGAAUCUUCAUGGCCAGCGACAACACUGCUACCGCUGGAAGAUACCAUACCAGAACAGAAGACAGCGACAUGUUUAAUUACAACCACUUUAGAUACCAGCAUCCUGGAUAAUUAUUCCUCUUGGGGACGUAUGCAGAUAAAGCAACAACAUUAA